AGUGACAGAGCGACUAGUUUUCUUCUCUUUUUUCUCCUUUACCUAGUUAUGCGGGACGCAGAUACAGCCCGCCAAUUCUCGCGCUCUCUCAUUAUUUAGUGGUGGAUACAGUGCGGCACCUGGAGAUCCUCUCUCUGUGUACUUUUUGAACAAUGGCUCGCUCAAUAUACCGACAGGCCAGCCUAGCCAGAUUACAACAAUGUUCUGAGCACCUGCGCAUGAACACAAGAGGAUUCCAAAGCUCUAGUCAUACUCUGAAAAGCCAACCCAGCACUUCUUCAAACCCCUCAUCUGAACAUAUCUCUUGGGCGGUGGAACCAUGGCAAGCCACCAACAUGCUUCAUUUGCGACGAGCAUUGAAACCCCAUCUAGACGCUGGAGAACUCGGUGACUAUAUGCCUCCUGGAUAUCAAAUGGUCUCUCACAAUGAAACCGCUCCCGAAGGCGAACUAGCAGAAGAUGGCGCCGAAUGGAAAUACGCCCCUGGACCAGAAUGGACGUUCCGAGUAUGGGCUGGAGCCAACUUUCAAUAUCUGAAACCAAAGAUCAAAAUCACCAACCACGCCGAACUAGUCCUUGGGACGGAGUCGUUCGAAAGUAUUCGAUACAGUGGUAAUCCGACCGACGUUGAUUGCAAAGCAUUUGUAACCAUCGCCAAACAGUACAACCAGGGCGACAGUGAAAAGGGAGAAGUACUCAUUUCAGAAAAACGACAUCUCUGCUUCUUGAAACAAAUCCCCGAAAGUCUCAAGACACCUAAAGCAGCCAAAACUCUCAAACCACCUACUCACACUGAUUCAACAUAUCGAUAUACCAUGACUCCAACCCCCGAACUCCUCUUCCGAUUCAGCGCACUUAGCAACAAUGUACAUAAAAUCCACUAUGACAAUGAAUACGCCAAACAGGUCUAUGGUGUACCGAACUUGAUUGUCCAUGGUCCUUUGACUGGUGUUCUGAUGCAGGAGGCUCUCACCAAGUCGUUUGCUGAUACAGCCAAUGCAGGAAAGGAAUAUGUGGUACAUGAAUUCGAAUAUAAAAAUAUGGCACCAUUGUGGGUGAAUGAGGAGAUUACAGUGUGUUGCAGGCUGGCUAAAAGUCAGGAUUCAUCAUCGGAAUCGAUUCAGCUUUGGGAUACUUGGGUUGAGGUUACGAAAGAAGGGGGAGCAGCACUUGCAGUCAAGGGACGAGCCAAGGUUGGUGUGAAGAGUCUUUGAUAGACAUUCUAGGAGGAGGGAAUGAUACCAAGUAAAGCCAGCUGCACCUACCGUACUGUAAUAUCCUCCGUAAAUACAUAUACAUAUACACCCGUG